AUGAGCGGCUCCUCGCUGCUGACUCUCCCACCUCUUGAUAAAGCUCCUUCUUCGCCGAGGUCUCAAUUUAUUCAUUUUUUUUUCUCAUUUAUUCAUCGAUUUGAAUUUUCCUGACGUUUUAUGAAGAAUUACACUGAUUUCUAAUAAAUUCAGCAAACUGUCGAGCGGCGAAGAUCCGUCGAGAGCGGCGGCUCGGCAACGGAACCGCUCACUCAAGGUUUGGAAAAAGAAUAGAUAGAAAAGUAUAAAAUAAAUAAAUAACAUACUCUAGCAAAAAAUCCGUAACCAAAAAAGCAGUAGCGCAACAGGUUGUGUGCCUCUCUAUGGUCAAAAGUUCGAUUCCCUCGACCCAACCAAGGGGUUUAAGAAAUGUUGGUAGUGGGAAACCACGACUUCAAAAUCCCCAGCCGUCACACACAAGGACGGAUAUGUCACUUGAGCCAGUCCACUGAUUAUCACAUCAGGAUAGGACCUCGGCUAAUCGACUUGCCGACGCCGCUUAAGCGGUACAAAGGCGUAGGAAGAAGAAGAAGAAGACUCUAGCAAAAAAAUCGGUACACCUCCCCCCCUUCAUUCUUAUUUCUUGAUAGUACAAAUUUCUACAGUUCCAUCCAAGGUUGUUACGGUAGCUCAAAAAAAGGCCUUUUUUCUGACCGGUUGUCCCUGAGCCGCACGCCACCUAAGUCCAACGCGGGGUGCACCGAAAACAUCAAAAAAAAUUUUAACUUUUUUCCGGGGUUCUCUGCGGGUUACACCUUCAUUUUGUAAGAACAGUUGCGUUUUAAGAAGUUUUUCAUAACAAGGACUAGAAAUAUUUGAAUCGGGUACUCAAAUCUUUUGAAAAUCAAAAACAUGGCUCAUGGUUGCUACUUUUUUGUUCAAACUCAUUAAAAUUCUCUUCCAGAAGUCGCAGGCCGUCCAGGACGAUGAGCCGACGACGACAACUUCUGAAACGACGAGAAGAGCCUCGUCGUUCGACGUCGCUCAAUGUAGCGUCUCUCCGAAAAUGUCGCCUGGUAGGUAUCCGAAAAAUCGUCUUUUACUACAUCUUUUGGCUGUGUGUGUGGAUAAUAAACCGAAGUUUGUUUGUGACUCCAACAAAAUUAAUCAUCAUAACAAACGUGCUAAGCUUCCGUCUUUUUUCAAUCUUACAAACCGCACGCAGAGUUUUUUGUGAGUUUUAAUUUGUACCACGCUUCAAAAGUUGCGAAAUGUCUUGGGUAGAGACAAAGCGUUGGCCGUUUGCAGCGAACUUGAGGCCUGGAUCCUUCGACGCGUCUUCGAGGUCGGCUUUUUCGCCGGUGGAAGUGCCCCGGCUGCUGGUCCAUUCGCCUCUUUCUCCUCUUCAGGUUCUUUUCUGGCCCAUUCUAAACUGAAAUUGCCCACCCCUUUUUAAGAUGAGUUCCCCCAGGAAUUGAAAUUCUUAUCAUAUUGAUAGAACUAUUCUUUUUUGUUUGGAUGCUCAAACAAAUCAGUUUCGAAACACGUUUGUCUUUUUUUUUUCUUCAUUUAUCCUGAAACUCUUAAUUCAUCAUAAUGAGAAUGAGUCUGUUAAUAGAGGUUUGGUGAGUACAGAAUCUGAAAAAAAAACGGGUUGGACUUAGGGAUUUUAUUCCGAUCUUAGAAUAAUUUCAGCAGGCAAAUAAAGCAUUCAAGUUGAAUUUCAAUUUCUUUUUUUUUUGAAGAAGUGAGAAAAAAUUUAAAAUGUAGUUGAGUCGGUUGAGCAUUGAAUUAAAAGAAACUUGGAAAGAUUAUUCAAUGGAACUAAAAAAAUUAAUUCGAAGUUUUCUUGAUUCAAUUUUUUCUGUUUUUUCUGUACAAUACAGCAAAUUUCGAACACGUUUUUUUCACAUAGCGUGAAAUUUUUUUUUCGAAUUUUGCUUUUUUUUUCUUUCAAUAAUGACGUUUUCUGAGCCUAUUUGGCUCCUCUGCAAACUUUAGUUUAUCUUAUUUAAAAAUCAAAUUAAUGACUACAACGAAAUUUACGUUUAUUUUUUUUUUUAAUUCACUACCUCAAGAAAUUGCUAGAAAAAAAGUAGCAGCUUUGAAAAAAAGUGGGAAAAAAUGUAGGAAAAUUUCGGUUCAGUGAUUUUCCGAUUCAGACAAGAUGGAUUUGGUUGUGAAUAGACUAUAAUUUUAGAUAGAACUUUGAUUAGAUUCUUUUAAAUGUCAUUGAGCAAACUUAGAAAAUGAAAUGAAUAGGUUCAAAAACCCUAUGAAGCUUGCUGAUCUGUAAUUUCUGAAUGACUCAGUCGACAUAACAUGGUUGAGAGCCAUAACUGCCGCGAAAUCUAACAGUCAUGAUUUUCACUAGCAGUUCCUGCAGCUGGAACCCUCGCCGGCACCCGAUUCCCGACUCCUAACCGUCCCUUCGCCGGAUUUCCGCAAAAGUCCCAUCGACACCACCAGAAACUAUGCAUGUACGAAUUUACUAACAUUUUAAUCAAUUUUAUACAAUAUGGCUGAAUCGAACGCUAUGAGAGAGCAAAUUAUUGUAAUAUAAUAUAUGGAAAAUCUGUAGAAUGGCUCAAAGCGUCGCGGUCGCGUUGCGGUUGAACUUAGGCAUACAUCCACGCUUCUUUAUGUUACUGCGCGAAAUUUGUUUUUGGUCGGGCACGCCUCAGAUCAGCCUCUCCGCAUAUGUUGCGAGUAGAGUCAUUCCACAAGAGACAAGCCUGAUUCAAAAAAAAAAUUAAGUGGAAAUAAAGUAUGGUUGAAAAAAUCAUUAAAGAAAAGUUCGUUUUUCUUUCCUCUCAUUGUAUCGAUUGCUUAAAUUUGGAACCUCAUUCACCUAUUAAACAAAUUAUUCUGUUAGUUCAGAAAUCUUGAAAAUAAAAUGGUAAAAGUCGCUCAAAUCGAACUUUUAGUGGUGAAAGGUCUUACAAAAGUUCAGAGCCUUUAAAAAUGUCGCUCACUUUUUACCUUUUACCAUUUUUCGUCACGAGUCUACUUUGAGGCUCUCCUUCAAUUCAUAACUUUGAUUCAAAGCGAUUUUUUUUCUUAUAGAGUACUCAAAUAUGUUAGUAAAAAAACAUUUUUGUAGACUGCUUGAUAUUCUACGUGAGGAGAUACUGUUGUCGAAUUCAGGUUUUGAAAAGGUUUUUAAAAACAUACUGGAAACAGUUUUUUUAUUUUUCAAAUUUCAUAAAAAAAUCUUAAAAAAAUAUGCGAACCUCAAAUAAGAAUUUUUCGAUUUUAUUUUUUUACUUCAGCGACAGUGAUUUAUCAAUUAAAUUUAUGGAAAGCGCUAAGAUUUCAUAGUAUUUUUGAUUCAAUAGCGGGAGCAUUUUUCAGAGCAAUCGAUGCAUUGAGAGGGUGAUAUAUAUUGAUAUUACAAAGUUCAAAACUUUAGAUCAUUCUCCAGUUAGAAUUUUUUUUAUUUACGCAUUUUCACACAAAACAAUUUACUUAUAAUCAAAUUUACAGGCGAGUCUCCGAAACCGACGUCCGACUUCUUUCCGAUCUCCUUGGCCCCGCAACUGAUCAGCCAGUUGAUGGGACCGCAUUCCCUUGCGAUCGGACCUCUGGAAGACUUGGCGAAGGCUCAGUUGUCUAGGGAAGCCAAAAUGGAGCAAAUGGACUGCUCGGGCUCUUUCGAAACACUCGGCUCGGGAUCUUUCGAUUUCACUUCUAGUAGUGUCUCUUUUGACCAUGUUGGUGCCCCCAGAGCAUCUGAAAGUGAACAGAACUUGUUCAGAGCCACAGCGUCUCGGCUACGCCGGAGAUCAUGGCGCAGAUGCCCCCGAAGUCUCUGAUCCAGGACGAUAUUCGAAGUGGAAAUGGUCGAUUCCAGUUGGUUCGGAAGCGUGGCCGCUCCGAAGUCUGGAACCUCUUCGGCCAGGUGGAUAAUUGGAAGCUCAUCGUUGGUUAUUGGUUGGAAUUUAGGUGAUAGACACGUCGACGGGAGUCCGACUGCCUUACGUGGCUUGCUACGCCUGCAAGGUGCUCUAUACGGAUACUGGCGGCGGUACUGGAAAUAUGACCCGCCAUCGGUGUCCCAUCGGCGCCAGCUACAGAAACAGCAGUACUCAUGGGUUUGAAUUUGUUCUUUAGCGAUGCGGAUGAGAGUGUAUUAUUGUGAAGUAUAAGUUUACAAAGGGAAGCGUGAAAACGGAAAGCUUGACCGGUAAUAGAAAACUGAUUUCUUAACCUUACUCUUAUCUUUUAACCGGAAGUCCACCUUAACGAACAUUUUUUUACCGGUAAAAAAAAUAAAUGGUCUAUAUUCAAAUUCGUUUAAAAAAACAAUUUUUUCUACGUUCUCUAUAAAAAGUCCACUCAUUCGUCUCUUUUUGUGAUUAUCCUCCUUCCAUUGCUCUGAAAAAAAUUCGAUGAGGAUGUACUUUGGCCGCUCAUUCAACCGAAAUGUAUAAUUUUUCGAAACUUUGAAAGUAGUUUUUCUCGAAAAGUGGGAGGUUGAAAAAAAGGGAGACUCGAAAUCAAGCUUCAUUUGAAAUUUUUUUUUUCACUAGAAAGCGUUUUUACUGCCACUAUGCCUAUUUCAAAAACUUAAAAAAAUCAUUUCAUCGAAGAAUUUCUAAAAAGAAUUAAGGAUGCAUAGAACGAUUGUUUGCAGAUUUCAUUUCAAGAAAAAUUCAAAUAAAAAAAUUCAACAAAAACUACAUUUUUUUGCAAAGCUAAACCUAUAAUUUUUGGCUUUUUACAACAGUUAUCAUCAUUUUUACUUGCUGUAAUUUCGAAAGCAAGUUGCGAAAAAGAAAAACUCUGGAAAAACAAAAAUCAUGUCUUCUUUUUAUUAAAGCAAUCGAAUGGUAGUCUAUAAACAUACAUGCAGGGAUAAGUCGGCUACGCGACGGUCAAAUCCUCUCUCGGAGCUUAAGUCAAGCCUCUCUCUCUCCUAAUUUUUUUCCAUUUUGAUUUUACAAAUUUAACGCUGUCUCUUGAGCUCUUUUUGCAAUCGUUAUUUCCUUUUUAGAAGAAAAUAUGAGAAAGUUGUAAUUUAAGUUUUCUGAGAUUUUCGAAAAUACGUUGGUACAAUAAUUUUCAAGUUUGUUUUUUCGAGCUUAAAUUCAUGUCACAUAUACUAUGCGACCUUCUCAACACAUGACACCCGGUUUCGACAAGCUCCGCCCACUUUCAGGGUUAUAUUAGAGAAAAUACCGUAAAAAGCUAACUUUUUUCCUGGUCGAGCAAAUCGGUUCAAACCAACUGUAACGCAAAGAGCACGUCAUUUUGAACAUUUUUCAUGUUGGAAACUACUCUGGAAAAAAUUUUCUUCUUGUGGAAAAUAAUCGCUGAAAGUUGGAAAAUGACGAUUUGAAUUUUUUUUUUCUCCGGCAGAGCUCGCGACGUUGUUUCUAAUCAUUGAAAACAUCCAAAAAAAAAAGAUUUCCAAGUUAUUAUUAUAUUAGGAAUUCCUGCAGUUAUCUUUUCUUGACUUCCCAACGAUUCCACGUUUUUCAAGUUGGUUUUUUGGCUUGAUUUUGAUUUUAGCUCCUUUUAGCGCCUUCAGGGAGCAUGAUCGAACUAUUUUUAAAAAUCUAUUCAAAUUUUUUUCCGAGUGCGUGGCCUUUUUAAGUGAUGUGUGUUCAGUUGAAAUUUCAAAAUGCACAUUUUUGUACUCAAAAAUUACUUUAAAAAGCUUUAUAAGUUUUCAGGUAUGAGUUACAGAACAUCUUUUGACCGUUUUUGUAUUUCCCUUCAGUUUUUCGUUUUUCGAAAGAAGCAAAAUAGAGAAGAAAGAACCAAUCUUAUGAGGGAUUCUUGUCUAACCGAUCGUUGAGUCUGCUACAAUUUUCGAAACUAGGCGCUAGCAAGAUUUCUCCAUUGUGUGCUUUUUUGUAGCAGAAGGGUCAUUAUUUUUCCUACCCAAGUGGAGAAAAACAAAGAUCUUCACAGUCUUCUUGCCAGCUCACUGCCUACGAUUUGAGUUUGUGAGAUACAAAUCCGUGUACAUGUUGCCUCGCUGGCGUUUGCCGAGUUCAAUACACUCUCAUCUAUUCGCUAGGCUUUGAUGAGCCGGACUACGAGGCUGAAACGUCACCACGUUGUUUCCAGCUCUUCGACGGAGACUGUCGAAGCCGCCGCGUCCUUCGACUCGGCCAUCUCGGCCGCCGUCCGCGUCGUCGCCGAUUCUAGGCUUCCGCUCAAUGUUUCUACGGUUAGAGCUGAAUCGGAAACUUUUUUCAAAGACUUUUCGUAGGAGCCAGUUCAACCCACUGCUUCUCAACUCAUUCCGCAGCUUUCUGGAGAGGUUAGUCUCGGCUUCGAGGAAAGGGAGAUCACUGAAAUGAGAAUGAUAAGAAUAAUAAUAAUGACAUUUCGAAGAUCAGUGGGAUCCUUAACGAAAAAUAAUUUAGAGGAGAAGUUUUUUUCGACGGAGUAUUGUUAGAUUUUGGAUCCGAUUUGAGAAAAAUAAUCCAGAAUCAAGCUCAAUUGGCGUCAAACUUGUGAAAAAUACACUAUAGCGGAAAUAUCCAUUUUUUUUUUUUUGCUAAUCCUGAAAUUGUUUUUUGAAACCUAGAAGUCAUAUUUUAAAACCUUUUCGUUCAGAUCAUGAAUCUCUGAUAUAAGAACAAUUAUUUAAAAAUUUUCCGCGUUUUUGUAAUGAUUUUUUUAUCCGCCCUCGGAAAAUAUCAAAAAACUUCCAAAAAAUAGCAAUCAUUCCUUUUUCAGGCGACGAUUGGAGAUGUGGAUCGCGAAGUUUUGACCGAAGCGAUGGUCAAGUGCUGCGCUCUCGAUUUAAUCGAUCCGAUCAUUUUUUCGGUACGUCUCAUCAGAAAAUUCGGGAAACUAUUGGGAAGAGAGGAACACUAUAAGAAGAAGACAUAUUUUUCAUAAAAAUCGAAAGAAAUGGGAAAUUUUCUUUGAAAAGUCUAUGGAAACUGGAACGGAUGAGAACAACUAUAAAAGAAAGAAGUGGGAAAAGUAGUUUUCUAAAGAGUUAUAUCACCUCCAAAACAGCUUGCAUAGAGGUUUAAAGGAGCAUAGGCAAGAAUCCGCGAAUAUUUUGCGGCGACUAUUUUUUACAGAGUAAGGCCAACUUCUGAGUUUUUUAAAGUCUCACCAAGUAGUUAUCACUAGUAAAUGUUUCCAAAAUGAAAAAACGAAAAAAAAUUUUCAGGGAAAAGGAUUCCAAGGACUUUUGGAGAAGCUCUGGCAGCUGUACAAAGUGUCCAACAGGAGGUGUAUCGAAACAUUUCCUGACACAGGGACUAUUAAAUCUGUAGGAAUCUGGAAAUUGUCUCUUUUGUAAGGAAGGUAUUUUGAAGGCGAUGCAAACGCACUUGAGAUUCUGCACGGAUGAUUUGAAGAACGAGUUGUCGAGAACGCCGCAAGGAGUCCGGCUCACUCUUGAAGUGGGUUUAUUCGUAAAGAUAGGAUAAUUUUAACGUUACCAGGUAUAAAAGCUGUGUUUAUGCGACUUUUUUGAUCAAAAUAAUUGAAAAGAAGCAAACAUCGGUCUUUUUUUGCAAGAAGGUCAUGAAAAAAACUUUCAAAAGGUUCAAUUUGAACUUGAUUUUUUAUAACACCAUGCAAAGAGACAGUGAAUGAAAGGAUACUAAAAAAAAAGGAAGUAUAUUUUUCAUUAAAAUAAAAAUAUUUCCGAAAUGGCUUGUCUUGAGAUAAGGUGAAAGUUCGAAUCCUUUAAAGUUAGAGAGCAUUGAAAAAUGAGAGGGCAUGCGUUUUUCUCUCUGAACACCCUCUUAAUUGCCAGUGCUCUCUAGCGUCUGAGGAUAAGAACCAGAGAUGCACGAGAAUACAUUUUUUGGGACCGAAACGAAACAUUUUUCCAAAUAAUUUCGAAAUAAUAUCAUAAAGUAAGAAUUUCAUUUCGAGACGAGAUCAAGUCUCGUGAAACUCUGAUUCGAACACAUAAGGUUGUAAUGUUUCUCAGAACAAAAAAAUCACUAGCAAACAGCUAAAACUCGGACCUUUUAGACAUUGUCCUACUGUGGAAGAGAUUACAAAGUCGUCCAUGGGGCGAGGAUCAGCCACGACUGGAAAUGGCGGAGCAAUAUUUUAGGGUCGGACUCUGGUCAUCUUCUAGAAGCAACUCAUGUUUUUAGAGUUUUCAAAGCCGGAGGAAACGAGUCGGUCGCUGAGAUGAUCAAUAUUGUAGUGCACAACUACGAACUCGACAAAAGUCUUCUGCGGGUCGUCACUUCCAGCGAUCCCAAUGCCCUUGCUCCCAUCAAGACUUUUGUUGACGUCAAAGAGAAAUUAAAACAGGUUUUAGUUGUACGAAAUGAGUGAAGAAAAAAGUUAAAGUGAGGGGUGAAAUUGUAGUAAAGCAAUCAACGGUGAAUGCGGUACGAUGACUGUUUAAUCUAAAUUGUGAAACAGCAAAAUGUGUUUUGUACACAAUAUAAUUAAUUUUAUUUUUUGACUUAUACGGCGAUAUGGUUUUUUUCGGCAAGGGUGAAGCGUUGCGUACGCGACGCGGCUUUUGGCGCGAAAUUAGAGAUCAAAAGGUAGUCAUGGUAGAUAACUAUUCAUUCAACUAAUUAUAUGUUAAACCUUUAAAAAAAAACCAAAAACCAAAAAGUUAUAAAUUAUCGGAAUAAAAUCGAACAAAGAGGAAAAACAUUUAAAAAAUUACUUUGGUCUCAAAUUGCCGGCAAAAAGCCGCGUCGCGUACGCAACGCGUCUCCCUUUGCCGAUCUACCCGUCUCGCCUUCCAAAUCGCAGAAGAUUGACUAUACAAUAUAUUUUUUAGUUCUAGAAGAAAUCACCUAGGGCUCAUUUAUACCAAAAAACCGCGUUUGGCUUACUAUGAGUCCGAAAAUGUUUAUUAUUUUAUUUUUCAAGGUUCUGGUGGCAGUGCUGUCGACCUGCUCGAUCCCCCUCAUGCAGAUGCUCAACACCAUCGACCAGCUCACCAAGGUCCAGCUUCUGCUCUCUCCUUCCAAGCAAAGAAGGUUCAGGCGAUGGUCGAGAAGGACGUCCGGCUGCCUUUCGAGUGUGUCUCCGCCUCCUCGGACAUCUUCGACUUCCACCGGCUCCUCGCAGAAUUCAACGAUCAUUGGGCGCAGAUUGAACAAAUCCUCGCCGCGAAAUAUCCCCAUCUACUUCCUACUUUCCACACCCUCAAUCAAAAUCAUAUGCGCGAAUUGAAGCUUUUCCUGGACCCUUUCAAAGAGACUGUCGACUCGCUGCUCAGGGAACAGCCCAACUUUCAAGUAAUUAUGAAACUUGAAAUUUUUGUACUUCUCCGAUUUUUAGCGAGUUGUUCCGGAAUGGUCGGCGCUUCUGCACGAAUGUCAGCAAACUGAAGAUGAAGCUUCUCCUCUUCAACGUGAAUUAAGAGCUGUUAGUUUUAUUCAUAACGGUCUGAACUGUUUGAGCCCUCUCUCCCACCUUUCUCUUUUUUAAAAUUGUGAAAAAAGAGAGCGUAGACAAGAUUGAUUGUCUCGCAGUGAACUUUCACUUUUUAUAUUUUACAACCUGACUUUCUAGUUGAAGUUCAAAAUUAAAAGGAAAACUUUUUUGAGCUAGAAAAAGCCUUUAGAAGAUGUUCUAACAACAUGAUAGAUUAUUUGGAGCUGAUCGUCCAAAAAUGAAGUCUCAGCGCUUUAUAAAGGUAUUUGUAGACAGAUUCAAGCUUUAUUUUGAAGUAGUUCCCUAAAUCUACUGAAGGCUCAUAAAAUAACAUUUGAAACCAUUUUUGAAAAAAUAAAUGUCGUAAUAACUCAGAAAACGACGGAACUGAUGGUGGCGGAGAAUGACAACGUCGUGACGGUCGACCACAGAAUCGCUUCGAUUCUGAAUCCGCGUCUCAUCCGCAAACUUGACAUGAUUUUGACAGAGUCUGAAAGGUUUGACUCUUUUUUUUAAUCCCAAGAAAUGAUUUUCUGCAGAGUUGUGGCUUGCGAGAAAAUCCGAGCCCUCUGCGGAAUUCGAAGCCCAAAAGAGCCGCUGAGUAGAGGAAGUUCGUGUGAUGGCGAGCCUCACAGGUCAGAAACUCGGCUUGAAGAUGGCUUUGAAUAGUCAUUUUUUAGGAAAAGGAGAAUGUUCUUAUCUUCCUUGGAGGACGACCUUGUGGGAGACGAGCUGGAGUGUUAUCUGAGGUCACAAUAUCCGGCUGAACAUACCAAGUGAGAAAUGGAAAAAUUGUCAUGCUUCUGUCAAUUUCGGUCUUAGCGGUUUAUUUCUCAUAGAUAAAAAAGUUGGGAGCAACAUUUUCGACUCAUUUCUGAUUUUUUAACUAGUAAAAUGUUUGAUGAUGCUGAAAGUUGAUAAAAAGCUUCUAAUCGACAUUGAGCUGCUUGCAGAGACGUGAUCACGUUCUGGAGCACUUCUGGACAGGCGCAGUUUCCGGCGCUCUCGUCUCUGGCGCGACGGACGCUGAGCACUCCGGCGACGGCGCCGAGGACCGUCUUCGACUCGAGAAUCGCUUCCGUCUCUCAGGACCAACUCCACACCUUCCUCAUGCUCCGCUCCAUGUUCGACUCCGAGAAGGACGAGUAAACAAUUUCCUCCUCCUAUGAAUUUGAUCAAAUAGUUUAGCUAGUCUUGAUAAUAAUAAUAGUAGCGUUGUUCAUAUUUCAUUAUAUCGUUAUUUAUUAAUUGCAUGUCCCCAAAAGGAGAUACGUUUUAAGUGAACUUGGAGAUUUCUCAAAAUUUACUCGAGUGCUUUUUGAAGGAUUAAUGGUCGUUCAAACGCAAAGUUUUAGUUUUGGAGACAAUAUUUUUUUCUAAGUUUAACUGAGUAUAGAGCCAAGAAUCGAUAUUUAUAACAUCAAAAAGAAGUUUGCAUAGAAAUAAUAUUGAUCUAUACCUUCAACGAGCGUUUGGUCAGAUUUAUAGAGAUUUUCAAAAUUUUCAUCAAAAUUAGUUCCCUUGUCAACACACACGGCUAUUUGAAGCUGUAACUUCUCAAAAUUGUUUUUUAUCCGUUUUUAAACCUUUUUUUAUGACUUGGUAUUUUUUGAAGUAGUUGUCUUUUCAAGGAUUCUGACAUACAAGUAGUCUAGUACCUCCCCAAUAAGCUUUUAUCAAACCUCAGGUCUUUUUAAACUUGAACUAGGGAUUUUUUCUUCUUGUUUGCAUUGAGAUUUUCCAUUUGGACCACACUUUGACUUACUUGUCUACACAUUACCAUUCUUUGUAAUAAUUUCGAACCCUUAUUCAUACAUACCCAUGCUUUUAUCCCCGUGCCUUUCUUGUCGAAACUGUUUUGAAUGUCCAUUUUAACCGCCAAAUACGUCUCAGAUGUUUUUUCAGUUAUUUGGACUCGUAUCUGAUCUCACAACAUAUCCAAUCAGACACAUUAUUUUGAUUUUGCCAAAUUUAUACACUCUUAUCCAAUAACACACGAGUUUUUUUGAUCCAAUUAGUGUGAUUUUUUCCGAAAGGAGAUAUUCAUACAUAUUUCUAAAGUUCUAAGAAAUAAUAAUAAAAUUUGUCUUGUUACUAUUGACAAAAAAAAAGUUACCAUCUGAAAAAGGUUCUUUUCAAUGAAAACUUUUUCAAAUUUAAAUUUGAACAUGAGAGAAAAAAAACUGGAGGAUUAUGUAUAUGAGUUACCCGGCAAAAACUUGGUCACAACUGUUCGACAGUUUUUUUAUUUUUUUGAAUUCGCUGUUUUUUUCGUCCUAUGGACGCCGCUAAUUCGACCGUUCACAAAAAAAUGUAACUUUUUUUCUUUCAAAGAAUAUACAAAAAUCUGAAAUUAUCGCCUUUGGUGUUUUUUUCAGCUUUAUAGUCGAGUUCGACAUGUAGCGGCACUCCGCUGAUUUUCAUUUUAUUUUAUGUAUUUAAUUUUUUUCUGUUCAUUUUUACAGUUUUUUUCUUUUGCUUUUUCUGAAGUAGGAGACAGCUUUUAGUAAAGCUGAAUUCUAUUUUAUUCAAAAGUAGAAAGAAGGUUUUUCAGAAAGAAAAAAGUUCUGAGUAGAUUUGAUAAAUUUUCUAAAAAAAAUUAGACAGAAGAUAUAUCCUUUUGCAAAAAAAAGCAACGAAGAAGUGAGAAGGAAACAUAUAUAAAACUCAAUAUCGUAAGAAAAAAAAUCCAACAUUCUUUUUUAAAGAAAACGGUCGGAUUUGCGAUCGUGGAAAAAUGCGAGAUUCAACCGCCAAACUCUAAUAAUUCCCGCAGGCCCUCAAAAAUAUUUUGCGUCGAGAGAAAAACGACGAUCGACCUCUCCGGCUCUUCUGAGGUGGGCUGUUUAAUUUUUACUAUACUAUUUUUUUUUAGGAUGGAGGCUCUCCCAAGAAAGGGAAAAAUCUGGAAAAGUUGAACAACUUUGAGAAUGGUUUCCACACCCCCGCAGGAAAAAGUUGGUCUAAAAAACUCAAUUUUUCAACUAACGUUUCCAGAGUUUUAUGGGAGAAGUCAUGACCUUGAGCCGUGGGGAAAGUCUCAAAAAGAAAUGGAAACGUCGAAAAUGCUGCCUCAAAAUCGUGAGACUUUGAAAAAAAUACUUGAUUAAAAGGAUGGUUUGUUGGGUUCCGCAAAUCCUUCUACUGGUUGGCGCACAAUCACAAGAAGAUCGGACUUCGGCAUUUUUGUAUGUUACUUCUGGUUCUGACCUACACGUUGCUUGGAGCAGCUCUGUUUUAUUCGAUUGAGUCCCGACACGAGUUGGAGGUGAGGUUUUGAGGGUCGUCUAAUUAGGCGGAACUCUAGAGGAAGUUUCAGUAUGAAGUUUGAAGUUUUCUGGAAGUUUGUUAAAAACUAUUCUGAAGCUUUAGGUGAACCUGUGCGAAAUUCAAGUUUUGAAAAUAUUAUUUUUAAAAGUUCACGUUCAACACGGUGACAGGUCGAAAGCCAUUAUUCUAAAACUUUGAAGAUAUUAUAUUUCCAAAACUGAAAAUUUCGCUUGAUCAGCCACUAUAAGGGCUUUACUAUGAGGAUCUUCCUUUUCAAAAAAUGUUCAAGAAAAUCCUUAAUAAAUCCAAAACUUCAAACAAAAAUGAUCUCUUUUGUCAGAUGUUGGAAGUGCACAAGCACCGGUUAGAGUUGAUGUCCAGCCAAAUGGCCUAUCUCCUGAAUGAAGCCAUCAACGACCCGGACUUUUCCACCAACGUCUCUCACGUCAAAGGAUUCGUCAAGGUUGCUCCCAUCUUUUUACUCAGAAAACAUCGGAAAUCAGGAUUUGUACAUACGGCUCUUAAAGGAGGAGGAUAUCUACACUGGAAGUACUUAUUUCAAGGCGAGUUCUGCAAGUUUGAAUGAGUUCAUUCUUAACUUUCGAUUCGGUUUUGAGUUUCAGAAUCUUUAUUUAAUACAUCGAACAGUGUUUGAGCAGAAACUUUCUUUUUUAAAGCCAAAUGAAGCAGAAAAGUACAGGUGGAAGACACGGAACACAAUUUGAAAUGGUCUUUGGGAAGCGCAAUUUUCUUCUCCAUGAAUGUCUACACUACUACAGGAUACGGUAUUUCGCCUUGCAAUAUUUUUCAGAAAGUUUUUUAGGGUCAAUCGCGCCGGAUUCGACGGAAGGCAAGGCGUUCGUAAUCAUCUACGGGCUUCUGUUCGUGCCGCUCACUCUGGUGGUGGUCCGCGACCUCGGCCAAUGGGUCCUCGUAGCUCUCACGAGAGUCUAUGCUUCCAUCUGCAUACGUUUGAGGUGGAUCCAAAGAGUGAACGACUGGAAAUUGUGGAAGUUUGAAGUCUACUGUCGGACUACUUUAUUUCAAUCUUUUGUGGAAGUCCAACCUAGAAAAGAGAACUGCGAUUGUAUAAACCUAAAAAGUAGUCUUGAGAGGUUGAAUAGAGCUCUAGCUUCUAUGGAGGGAUACGUUGAUUUGGUAAGAGAGUAAGAAAAAGCAUUUGGACUUCUCAAAAGACAGAAUAGCAAGAAAAUGGUCCUGAAAAGAAAGCCGCAAAAUUACUUGAAACCAGUACAAAUUCGCUCUAAAGUUAAAGAUCGUAUUUUUUUUAUCUGAAUUUCUUCCUGAACUGCCUUUGAACAAACUCUCCAGGAAUCUCCGUGGAGGCUCCGAAGACGACGUUGAUGAAGACGAACUCAUCAGCCUGCCCAUGAAGUUCUGCGUUUCUUUGAUGUUUGGUUAGUUCAAAAUCAAUAAGCCAGCUCAAAAAUAUCCAAGGUUAUCUCUUGUUUUGCACUUGUUUCAUCUACUACUACGAUGGGUUCUUUGGAGCACCCAACACGGGGAUCACACUUUUCCACUCUUUUUAUUUUUCCUUCAUCUCCAUCUCGACAAUCGGCCUCGGCGAUGUCAUGCCUAACCACGUUCCGGUGAGAAAUUCAAGUUUUUUGUAGAAGUCAUUUUUUUUUCUUCCCAGUUUUCUCCGCUCAUCACGGCUCUGUUCUUCUUCGGAAUGCCUAUUAUGAAGGUUGAAAAAUCCCAAAUUUGUUCAAAGACUCAAGAAACAAAAAAUUCAGGUGGUCAAUCGUGUCACCUACGUGAGCUUCGAGAAUGGGGUUUUUGGUUGGAUACAUUUUUUUAAAAGUAAUUUGAAGAAAACUUAUUUUUUAGGUACGAUGACGGUAUUGGAAAAUCGUUUAGACCGUGUUUGGAGCAAAAAUAAUGGAGAAGAGGUUUAUUUCAUUCGAUUAUGUCCAAUUGCUUGCAUUUAAUAUCACUAUUGAGUGAUAAUGAUAACAAUCUUUUCUCUCAGAUUAGUUACUUCAUUUCUUUUGCCGCAAAUGACCUUUUUUUGAUUCGUUUAAUUUCAGGAGGAGAAUCCUUCUAAAGUGACUGCCAAAGGCGGCGAGCAUCCCGAGGUAUUCCAAGAACAAACAGCAAGGAAAAUUGCAAGCUUCAGAACGAGACCAACGAGCAUCUCAACAACCUGACGAUCCGCUCGAUCGCCACUUUCAUGCGUUCCCACGACGACGUCUACGGCGGUGGCUUCGGCCGCGUCGCCAUGCGUCGGUCCGAUCUUCGUCACAACGACGUUUGA